GAUGAAGGGAGUCAGCAUUGUAAUUUUCGGGUCUACAUUUGUGGUUCGUAUCAUUUUCCAUUUUAUUUCUCUCUAACUGGAAUUUCUAGCCAAGACUGUUGGUAUCAUGGCGCUUCAGUUUUACGGUGGCUGCUCUCUGCUAAGCUUAUCAUCCCCUCAGAACGUUAGCAAGAGAAUCACCACGUCUGCUACCUUAUCCCCUCCUCGACGCGAUCCUGUGAACUGGGUUGAGGCGACUUCCAGCUUCUUCGAGCUAGACUCUAGACCCAUCAUGCUCUUUGAUGGCGUCUGCAACUUGUGUACUGGGGGUGUGAAAUUUGUGCGUGAUGUUGAUCAGAAUAGGAGAAUUAGAUAUGAAGCACUCCAAAGUGAAGCGGGAAAGAAUCUACUCAGGAGGUCAGGGAGAGCUCCUGAUGAUAUUUCGAGUGUUGUGCUUGUUGAAAAGGAGAGGUCUUAUAUCAAGUCAGAAGCUGUAUUGAAGAUAAUGCAGUACCUAGAGCUGCCUUACCCUCAGCUAGCAUUUUUUCUACAAUUUGUACCCCUUUUUAUAAGGGAUUUUAUAUAUGACAAUGUUGCAAACAACCGUUACACAAUUUUUGGCCGCACAGACUCAUGUGAUAUAUAAAGUAGUUCAGUUCUCAAAAGCUGCCCAACUCAACAACUCUGAGUCAAUUGAAUAUUGGUGGUUCCAGGUUCUUCCAUAUGAAUGUUGUUGUAUGAUGUAUACAUAUUUGGUGUGGUAGCCGGAGCCAUUGGUGUAGGAAAAGCUCAUGUUUUGGGGAACACUUUAUUGAAAAACUAGUAUAUGAACAGAGUGGGUUUAUGUCCUGUGUUUUAGAUUCCCUUUUAUGUGUUUGUGCAAGUCUUAAUUUAACAAGUCAUCUACUAACUGUUGACCAUUUUUUAUUUUAGUCUAAAAUUUUUAUUUUCUUCCAAAGACAUCUAUUAACUUUCAAAUUUGUAUAAAUUAUGUCUAUCUAA